CUACUUCACACCUUCCUGGAUGCCUACAGCUAGAUUACACAAUCCCCGGUAAGAGGUGACACCAUGCAUUCUGUGGGACCUCUUCUUCAACAAACACCAAGCUGGUGUCCGAGACCUCCGCAAUGGCCACCCCGCAAAGCAUCAUCGGAAUCUUUCCGACACCUGGUGAAAUCGGCCAAUUCGAUCUCGUCUAUACGGAAGACGGGGACAAUGGCAUCCCGCAUAUCAAAACCCAACCAGCCACCUCCCUAACGGAAGAAGAACAGAAAAAGUACGCUUUUAACGCCCUUCCAUUCCAAAAUGUACACACCCACAUCAUCAUCUCCACCGCUUCCGGCACCGGCCUCGCCUCUACGUUCUUUACCCAAGCCCUUCAGCCCCUCCUCGCGCACAUGGGCCUAGAAGAAACAAAAAACUACACCCUCCACACCACCGCAUCCAUCUCCACCGUCACCGACCUAACCACCACCCUCUUCCUCCCCACGGCCGCCUCUGGCACCCCCCAGCGCCUAAUCCUCCUCUCCGGCGACGGCGGCCUCCUCGACAUCCUCAACGCCCUGCUCUCCACCCCCUCCUCCCCUACCUUCAAACCCCCCACCAUCAUCCUCCUCCCCCUCGGCACCGGCAACGCCCUCGCCCACUCCACCCUCCCUGCCGGCGACGCAACCCACGGCCUCUCCGCCCUCGCCCGCGGCACCCCCCACCCGCUCCCCUUCUUCGUCGCCCGCUUCUCCCCCGGCGCCCGCCUCCUGACCAACGAAGCCCGCGACUCCGAGCCCAUCCCGGGCGGCGCGCUCUACGGCGCCGUCGUGUGCUCGUGGGGCAUGCACGCGUGCCUCGUCGGCGAUAGCGACACGGCCGCGUACCGCGCGCACGGCGCCGCGCGCUUCGGCAUGGCCGCGAAAGAGGCGCUGUUCCCCGCGGACGGGGGGCCGCCGCACGCGUUCAAGGGAUUGGUUUCAGUGCGUCGCGAGGGUGCUGGGGAGUGGGAGGCGUUGGCGCCGGGGCGGAGCGAGCAUAUGUAUGUGCUCGCGACGCUGGUGUCGAAUCUGGAGAAGACGUUUCGCAUUUCGCCGGCGUCGAGCCCGCUGGAGGCGCGGCUGAGGGUGGUGCAUUUUGGGCCGUUGGGCGGCGACGAGGUGAUGCGGGUCAUGGGGCUGGCGUAUGAUGGGGGGAAGCAUGUGCAGGAGGAGGCGGUGGGGUACGAGGCUGUGGAGGGGUUGAGGGUGGAGUUUAAGGGGCUGGAAGAGGAGGGGAGGUGGAGGCGGAUUUGUGUUGAUGGGAAGAUUGUGAGGGUUGAGAGUGAUGGGUGGGUGGAGGUG